UUUUGUGAAAUGCACUCGCGUUUGUAGUUGCGUGUGCGUUCAUUUUACGUUCUGUGGCCCAUGUUAUUAGUUAUCUGUGUUUAGCACUCGCGUGUGCGUUCAUUUUGCUGCGUGCGUCAUUAUGCCGGAAUAUACUAUCAAUGGCAUACCGGUACAGUUUCCCUUCGAGCCGUACGAGGUGCAGAAGAAUUACAUGGCCAAGGUGAUCGAAUGUCUGCAAAAUUCAACCAACGGUGUGCUGGAGUCGCCAACUGGGACGGGAAAAACGCUAAGCUUGCUGUGCUCGUCCCUUGCGUGGUUGCAGCAUGUACGAUCAAAGUCACAGUCACAGUCCUGCCGGCCGGAGGAAUUCGAUAUGAAACCCCUGGAAUUGAGUAACAUGAAAAACCAUAACCUAACCCCGGAGCAAGCGUUCGCGCUGAUGGAAAGCGCCAAAGUGGGACUGGCGAAGGUUGUUUAUGCGUCCCGCACACACUCGCAGCUAUCGCAAGCGAUGCAGGAGCUGAAGAGCACCAGCUACAACUUUUUCCGUGCCAUCAGUCUCGGUUCGCGUGACCAGCUGUGCAUCCAUCCGGAGGUUUCGAAGGUGGACAGCAACGCCAUGAAGACGAACCUCUGCCGGGAGAAGGUGAAGGCGCGCAGCUGCUCGUUCUACAGCCGGGUGGAAAAGGUGAAGGACCACCCGGAGGUGAACCAGGUGCCGAUACACGACAUCGAGGAUCUGAUCACGGUCGGCACGAAGAUGAAGGCGUGCCCGUUCUACCUCUCGAAGGAGCUGGUCGAGAAGGCGGACAUGCUGUUCAUGCCGUACAACUAUCUGCUGGACGCGAAGGCGCGCAAGGCAAACAAUCUGAGCGUGCAGAACAGCGUAAUCAUCCUGGACGAGGCGCACAAUGUCGAGAAGAUGUGCGAGGAGUCCGGCUCGACGCACAUCCGCUCGUCCGACAUUGCCCUCGCCAUCGAGGACACGUCGUCGAUCAUCAGUACGUUUGUGGACGCGGGCGGUGCGGCCGGCAUGGACACCGACGGCGACGGCGAGAAGCUCGAGUUUACCAUGGACGAUCUGGUGCUGCUGAAGGAAAUGCUGCUCGGCAUCGAGAAGGCGGUCGAUGACAUUCCCAUCCAGUUCUCGCAGAAGGGCAGCACGUUCGGGGGUACCUACGUCUUCGAGCUGCUCGAGAAGGCAAACGUGAAGUUUGGCAACGCGAACGUGAUACUGCAGGUGCUCGCGUCGCUCGUCGCGUACACCACGUCGCGGGCGGAGAAAAACAACUUCGUACGACGCGGUGCCGGCCUGCAGGCGGUGGCCGACUUCCUCGAGAUAGUGUUUUCCGGCAGCGGACCGGAGUACCAGCAGGCCGUCGAGCGCUGCUUCAAGGUGCACGUCGAGCAGGAGGAGUCGAAGAACGCGAAGGCCGGUGGUGGUAGCGGCGGUGGCGGCGCCGACGGCAAGGGAACGUCGACGAAGCGCACGGACGGCUGGCUGUCGACUAAGUGGAGCAAAAAGUCGGAAUCGUCGACCGACAAGGCCGCCGGCAAAGCGGGGCGGGUCGUGAACUUUUGGUGCUUUAAUCCCGGUUUCGGCAUGCGGCAGCUGACGGGUGCGAGCAUACGCAGUAUUAUACUGACGAGCGGAACGCUCGCCCCACUGAAACCCCUCAUAAACGAACUGAGCAUCCCGGUCGGGGUGUCGCUGGAGAACCCGCACAUCAUCGGGCGCCAGCAGGUGUACGUGAAGAUCGUACCGCAAGGCCCGGACCGGGUGACGCUCAACUCGAGCUACACCAACCGCAACAACCCGGAGUACAUUGCGUCGCUCGGCCGCACGGUGCUCUCGUUCUGUCCGGUCAUUCCCGGCGGCCUGCUGAUCUUCUUCCCGUCCUACCCGAUGCUCAACAAGUGCGUCGAGGAGUGGCAGACGAGCGGCAUGUGGGCGCAGAUCAACCGCGCCAAGGCGGUGUUCAUCGAGCCGCGCGGCAAGGACGCGUUCGCCAGCACGAUGGCGGAGUACUACGCCCGGCUGCAGGAGCCGGCCAGCAAGGGCGCCAUCUUUAUGGCCGUCUGCCGCGGCAAGGUGUCCGAGGGGCUCGACUUUGCCGACGCGAACGGGCGCGCCGUCAUGAUCACGGGGCUGCCCUUUCCGCCCCUGAUGGACGCGCGCGUCAUGCUCAAGAAGCAGUACCUCGAGGCGAACCGAUCGCGCGAGAACGAGAUGAUCUCCGGCGACGAGUGGUACUCGCUCGAGGCGGCCCGCGCCGUUAAUCAGGCCAUCGGGCGCGUCAUCCGCCACAAGGACGACUACGGUGCGAUCCUGCUGUGCGACACGCGCUUCCAGCAGCACCGCCAGAAGGCGCAGCUCUCCUCCUGGGUCCAGGGCCACCUGCGCGAGGACCGCGGGACCACCGGCGCCCCGUUCGGCUCCACCAUCGGCGAACUGUCGCGCUUCUUCCGCAACCUCGAAAAGACGGCAACCCCGGCACAGCUGCGGGAGACGGCUGUCAAGCUGGAGCCAGCGUCAUCGCAACCGACCGACGUCAAACCGACGUACCGGAGCAAGCAGGAAGCGGUGCCACCGGCAGCCAACGUUGCAUUCCAGCUAAGCGAUUACCUACAACAACCAGCCGGUCGAUCGCAACCACCUACCACCUCCACUCACCCCAGCGGGAAGUUUCUUUCCAAGCUCGACUGCAACACGCACUCGGUCAACACAUGGGCCACCGCCCCCGAGCCCGGUCUCAUCACCAUCUACAAACGGGAGCGCCGGUCGAGCCAAGAAAACCAUCAAACCUCCACCGACGAGACGGCACGCUCCAAGAAGCGCAAGCUGGUGAUGGUACCGACGGAACCCAUCCGCUACGGUCAACCGGUGCCGGCUGCGGUGGUUAAACAGGAAGCCGAAGCCAGCGCCCCAUCGGCCAUGCGGGAAGCGCCCGUGAACCGGAUCGACUUUCUCAAGGAGGUCAAGGGCUCGAUGGAUGCGGUCAAGUACAAACUGUUCCUGCACUCCCUAGCCCAGUACCAUCGCGAGGGCGUAUUCGUCGUCUUCAUUGCGAACAUGUGUACCUGCUUCGAGAACCCCAGCUGCUACUAUCUGCUAAAAGCAAUGCGGCGGUUCGUGAAGGUGCAUCAGAAACAUUUGUUCGACGAGCAUCUCGCGCGGAUGGGGCUGUGAGCGGCGCUAUUUGUUUCCAUUUUCCCCGCGGAGCUACGAUUCAAACCCACAAAGCAUUGAAUGUGCACAUUUUCUUCCGCCACAGUGAAACGAAAACAACGCCAGUGAAACAGUGAACCCACAGUGCCACAGUGAACCGUCAGACAGUCACACAUUUCAAACGCUACAGCAACAUGCCUAAUUUACAGAAUUUGUUAAGAUAAAUUUCAAAAACGUUGUUAAGAUAAAUUUCAUAUUUAUUUCUCUAAUGUGUC